AUGGUCUAUUGCGUCUGCUGGGCCAUUAUGUCUGAGCUUGUGAUGGAGUGUGUGGAAGAAGAGUUGGAGCCAUGGCAGAAGUCCUUUCCUCAGAUUAACCUGACUGAAGAGGAUGAUGAUGAUGAACCCAUAUUUGUCGGAGUAGUGUCUGACGAAAAAAUGGAUGAUGUUUCCAAUCCUAAACAAAUAGUAAUUCAACAGCCCAAACCUCAACCAUCUACUGGUCCUUCACAUUUGCUGCAUCUAAAUAUGAUGGGAAGUCCUGUGAAUACCCCUGCUCCUGUUGUGUCAGCAAUUACACCACAGCCUAUUGUUGUCAAUAACCAGGGCUUUAUAGUUUCUUCACAAAUGACAAACAAUGGUAAUUUUAUUGCCUCCCUUGGGACUCCUGGCUCUUCAAUUGCAUUCAUAUCAGCCCAGUCACAGUCCAAUGCAAGUAACGCAGCCCAACACAUCUUUGCAACUAAAGUCAUAUCCAAAGUCAAGUAA